AUGGAUAGCAAUUACACAGCUAUAUCAAAGAACUCUUAUGUAGAUUUACAAAUACACGAUGAUCCUCAAAACCCAUUACCCCAAACAAAAACCCACAUCAAAUUGCACCCGCUUCAUCACGAUGAGAAUUCUAUCGAUCUCAAGGUUGACGACGAAGAAGACGACGAUCAAGAUGACUUUGACGUUGAUGAUUAUCCACUCGUUUCGAAAACGACAACAAGUACAGAUUCUGGUAUUUAUGGUGCCGUGUUUAAUCUUACUACUUCCAUUAUUGGGGCUGGGAUUAUGGCCUUACCUGCUACAAUGAAGGUUCUUGGAUUGGUUUUGGGAUUUGUCUUGAUUAUAUUGAUGGGUAUAUUGUCCGAAAUUAGCGUUGAAUUGUUAGUUAGGUUUUCGGUUCGUUGUAAGGCUACUUCUUAUGGUGAAGUUGUUCGAUCUGCCUUAGGAAAGCCUGCAAAGGUUUUGUCUGAAAUUUGCAUAAUUGUGAACAAUGCCGGUGUUUUGGUUGUGUAUUUGAUAAUUAUAGGUGAUGUUAUGUCGGGAUCGCUCCAUCACGUGGGGGUUUUCGACCAGUGGUUAGGGAAUGGGUUCUGGGAUCAUAGGAAGUUGGUGAUUUUGGUUGUCGUGGUGGUUUUUCUAGCACCCCUUUGUGCAUUGGAUAAGAUUGAUUCUUUGAGCUUGACUUCGGCUGCUUCGGUGGCUCUGGCUGUGGUUUUUGUUGUGGUAUGUUUUAUGGUUGCUUUUAUUAAGCUUAUUGAAGGGAAAAUCGAAGCCCCGAGGAUGGCUCCUGAUUUUGGUUCGAAGAGGGCUAUUUUGGAUUUGCUUGUGGUGAUUCCGAUCAUGACGAACGCUUAUGUUUGCCACUUCAAUGUUCAGCCUAUAUACAAUGAGCUUGAAGGGCGAUCACCACAGAAAAUGAACAGGGUGGGCAGGACCACCACUGUUCUCUGCGUUGUGGUUUAUGCUUCAACUGCCGUAUCAGGUUAUUUACUUUUUGGCAAGGAUACCGAGUCUGACAUCUUGACUAAUUUUGACAAAGACCUUGGAAUUCGUUUUAGCUCUGCCUUGAAUUAUAUUGUUAGGAUUGGUUACAUUCUUCAUUUGGUUCUCGUUUUUCCUGUUGUUCAUUUCUCUUUAAGACAAACAGUAGAUGCCUUGGUGUUUGAGGGAUCACCUCCGCUUUCAGAGAGUAGGAAGAGGUCUUUGUCCUUAACAGCUGUUCUAUUGGCGCUGAUUUAUCUUGGGUCUACUAUGAUUCCAAGCAUUUGGACUGCUUUCAAAUUUACAGGGGCUACAACUGCAGUUUCGUUAGGUUUUAUAUUUCCAUCUCUUGUUGCAUUGAGGUUAAGUCGGACAGGGGAGGGUUUAAGCAUUGGAGAGAAGUUUUUGUCAUGGCUGAUGUUAAUAUUAGCUAUAAUAGUUAGCAUUGUUGGAGUGAUUGGCAAUAUUUAUAGCAUUAAAAGCAGUUCUGAAUGA